AUGGACAUCACACCAACCCUCUCCGCAAUCCUGAUCCAGUCCCACGCACCGCCCAUCCCAAUCGCCUCCUCCUCGACUGCCAGACUAAGUCAGACGCUCGACGCGUUCCUCAAAGAAGCGAAUCAGAUCAACCAAUCGCUCAACGAGCUCCUGAGAUAUCUGCAGAGUAUACGCCAGCCGUACCUCUCGAACGCGCCGCCGCCUCGACGGCACCACCAGCAACAGCCAGCACAAUCGGCGCGGAAUGGCCUCCCAGAGGCGCCAACGCACUUGACCGAUGCACAACGAGAGGAUAUCAACAAAGAGACAGCGAGACUAUUACGAGAUCUGCAAUCCUCGAUAUCCAAUUUGAAAGGCGUGGCCGAUCUACGGCACGAUGCGGUGACGAAGGUGCUGACAAGGAAAUACGGUAGUCGGAAAAGCCUGCUCUUUCGGUGGGCCGCGGGUGAGGACAAGGAUGCGGGCAAGUCGGCACAGCAGAUCGAUGAGGAGGGAAGGGAGAGGACGUUGAAGAUAUUUAGGGAUGAGGUGGUGAGAUAUCUGAUGAUGAAGAAAAACGCCGCCCUCCGCAGACAACAGAUGAUGCUCGUCACCCGCGCGGAACGAGAACGAGAGAAGCAGAUGUCCAAACUCAGCGACGUUCGCAACAAGUCCUACGCAAAUCGGCAACCGAGCACAAGCAUAUCAGACAGAGUCGUGACUACCAGAUACAACAACGGCAUCAGCAGCGCCGCUAACGAAUACGCCGACGCCGACCUCCGCGCCCGCGACACCUACAAUCCCGCUCUCGAAACCUCCUCCAGCGACUACGCCCACCAAGACCUCACACCCGCUCAACUCCAGCUCUUCGAACAAGAGAACGAGAGCAUGACCCUCACCCUCCAAAACGACCGCCUCGCCCAAGUCAACAAGGUCGAAGCCUCCCUCGUCGAGAUUUCGCAAUUACAGGAGACGCUCGCGGGUAAUAUUGCGGUGCAGCACGAACAGAUAAGUGGACUGGUGAUGGAUGCAGAGGACACGGGGGAGAAUCUGACGAAGGGGAAUAGAGAGUUGAAGAGGGCGAGUGAGAGGGGGAGUACCGCGAGGGGAGUGUUUUGGGUGAGUGUUGGGUUGUGCUCGUUCUUAGUGGUGUGGGAUCUCAUUUUCUGA